GGACACCAUGUCUUUCUGUGUCCUUUCACUCAUACUAUCUUCUUCCUUGCUUCACCCUUCACUCUCAGCUUUCUCUGCCGACCUCCCUCGCUCCCAAAGAGAAGAAGCAUCGCAGAACGCCCCUGCUUCUUCCCCCGAAGACGACUUUCCUCCGGCCAACUGCCCCCCUCCGCCGCCUCCGCCUCUCUGCCCCAGGCUUCUGAGAGCGCAAACUGUGCUCCUGAAAUUCGCUGCCACAAUCGAUGACCCCACCGGCUUUACCAGAAACUGGAAGAAGGGUGUCAGCCCUUGUGACUACAGAGGAGUUAAAUGCGAUAAGUUUCCAAAUUCAGAUGAGCUAGCCGUUUCAGGACUAGAUUUCAACCAGGCUGGUUUCUCCACUAGUCAAGGUUCAUGCUUGGAUCUCACACUAAUCCUGGGAAUCCCAGAACUGACCUUCUUCCAUGCCAACUCCAACAACUUCACGGGAUCAGUUCCGAAAGAAAUCAUUCGAUACCCAUAUUUCUACGAGCUCGAUUUAAGCAACAACAAGCUCGAGGGUUAUUUCCCAUGGCAAGUUCUAUUUGCCCAACAACUCAUUUUCUUAGAUCUCCGGUUCAACAGCCUCACCGGACUAGUCCCUCCAUUGCUCUUCUUUCUGGAUCUAGACGUCAUCUUCAUCAACAACAACAACUUCUUCGGCAACCUUCCGUGGAAUUUCGGGUGCACACCGUCGAGAUACCUCACGUUCGCCAAUAACAAGUUCACCGGACCGAUCCCAAGAAGCAUAGGACUAGCGUCAAACACCUUGACGGAAGUUCUCUUCUUGGGAAACCAGUUUUCUGGGUGCUUACCUUUCGAGAUUGGGUUCCUGAAGAACGCAGUAGUCUUCGACGUGAGCAAGAACUCGUUGACGGGUCCGAUUCCAAACUCUUUCGCUUGCUUAGAGAAGAUUCGGUUCUUGAAUUUAGCUAACAACAAAUUCUACGGCACUGUUCCGGAAGCAGUAUGCGAGCUUCCUGGGAUUCGCAACGAUGGGAAUCUUUCCUUGGCGGGAAAUUAUUUCACUGAAGUUGGACCAGAAUGCAAGAAGCUGAUAAAUUCGAAGGUGCUUGAUGUGAGCCAGAAUUGCAUAAAGGGCCUUCCCAAUCAGAAAUCACCUGAAGAAUGCCAAAAGUUUUUGUCUUUUGUGAAACCAUGUCCCAAUGCAAGGUCCCUCACAUUUGUUCCAUGUAAGAAAUACGAUUCCAAGUACGUUGAAACGGCCUCCUCGCCUCCUGCUCCUGUGACUUACGAGUCUCUCAAGCCCAUACGGCAUCGUUUAAUGUGAGCCAGCUCAUUUUGGGUUUCAUAUAUUUUGCUUUUUCAGUGUCAAGGUGAAUUUUCUUCUGUUGUGGCUAAUUAAGAAGGGGAUUAAUGAAUAAGCGGCUUAACCGAACUUGUUUUGUACGUUUCGCAUGAACAAUGAAGGAUAUACUCACGGAUAUCUUGUAAAAUAA